AUGGUUAUGCCAGGCCUAGUGUGUGGCCUUCCAGAAAUGAUUGUUCUCGGCUGUUUAUUCAUUCUUGUCGGCGCAUUAUGUAUAUGGUUUUGGAAAAAGCAUAUACAAUUAAAACUAAACAAUCAUGAAGGUAUUAUAGACUUAGUAUCAAUGUUUUGGCUAUUUAUGGACAUUUUCAUGCUCUAUAGAGGAAUUAUUCAAAUUUUUUAUUUCAAUUAUAAAUCAGGCGAAAGUAUUCUUAUAGUUCAUGGUGGAGUAAAUUCUAUAUUAGCGCUAAUCCCUAUAUCAUUAUUCGUCUUACUCAUCGUAGAAUUGCUAUUUACCUAUCGUAAUCCAGGUUUGCAAACAGUGAAAUUUUAUAGAGUCGUUUUCGUAGUAUUUCUUAUUGUAUUUUUAAUUGUUGGCAUUGCAUUAUCAUUCGCAGGAUCGUCAAACAGUAAUUAUUCGAACGAAUUAUCCCUAUGGCAUGCUUGCACAGAUUUCUUGGUUGUAGUAUUUGUAGCAGUACCAGCCUCUCAUUUGAUUGCCGCUGUUUCAUAUCCAGUAAUCCAACCAGAAGAUGCUUCAUUUGUCAAAUGGAGUGUUGUUGGCAUCUGGAUCUUCUGCAUUACAUUCUUUAUCAGAAGUAUCUUCAAUCUACUGCAUUACUGCAAUUUGAAUCCAAUUGUUACCUGGUUUGGCCAAGAACUUAAUAAAUCCGAUGUAGUUCCCAACAAACAUGCAAGAAUCUUCCAAUUUUUCUUCACACUUAUAUUUGAAUGGUUCACAAGCGUGAUGACAAUAAUUGGUGUCUACUAUUUGAGAAAACAUGAUCUCAAAUUCUCCGAUGAUCCAUUUUAUGCCCGCGCUUCAACCAACCGCUUGAUUAUAUCUGGUAAGUAA